UUCACUCGGGCUUCGUAUCGAGCGUUUUACUUGGGCAUUCACCACUGGAUAGUUUGGUAUAAUUGACUCUAAUAAUUAAUUUUAAUGUAUUCAAGCGCAUUCGACUCACUCGUUUGUUAUCUUUUGGCAAGGAGUGAUUGCAUGUGAUCAGCGACCCUUACCUCACUACAAGAGAAACUCUGAGAUUCAAUGUUCAACUGAGGUAUUCAUUCAGCAUCAGUCACAACUAUGGCGCAGACGGUCCCUGCAGAUGAUGAGCAAAUGGAACAGAGAAAAAGUGGCUUGUACAAUUGCCUUAGCAAAAUCAAAAAAGAAGAAAACGACAGGAAAGACCCUGAAAGGAUUGACGUAGACAUAGAAAAGGAAAGAAAUACGGAGGAUAAACUUGCAGAUGAAUUGCUCGAAGCCCUCGAGAGAAAUGAUGCAGCUGAAGUUUGGGAUCUGGUUGAAAAUAAUCAUCCCAUCGAAGCGCUAAAAAUCAUGCAACGAGUUAACAAAGACAUCGCCAAGAAGGCGAGGAACAAAGAAAAGAGCUGCAAUUUCCAUUGUAAACCACAGGCAAUAUUAUCUUGCGUCGGAGAUACUUAUUCUCCUAGUAGUCGUCACAACGGAAAAGAGACGCAACAUAUAGAGGAAGAACGAAAAGAUGAGGCGAGAAAAAGAAAGUGGAUCAAAAUACUCUCCAACCCUCUAUUCAUCGGAGUGGAAUGGCUCUGGAGAAGAAAUACCAACCGCCACUGUGAUGAUUGCCAUGAAAAUAACGACAGGGAUGCCAUAGGAAAGGCUUUAUAUGAUGCAUACCUACUGGAUAAGAUUACCUCGCACGAACACUACUAUAGUUUGGAGGAUUACAAGAGUUCCGUAGAAGCUUACGAGUCGUUCGCUGCUGAUGUCUUGGAGGAAAGCACCGUGACUGAGCUGUACGAGAUCAUGGACAUCGAGGGAGACGGCUUCUUACUUCGGGGGAGCCCCCACCGGCUUAGGAAGUUAGAUCAAAGUCUGAGCCUUCUAAAGAUUGCUGCUGAUUAUGGAAGAAAGAAGUUUGUGGCGAGUGCAAGAUGCCAGUCUGUUCUUGACCAAAUCAUUUUCUACAAAUGUCCAGAAUGGAAAGACGAAGGCAUCAUGAGAAAGUUUGUGUGGGUCGUUGUUCAGUUGAUUCUCACGACAAUCCUCACUCCAUUCUACAUUUCUUUACGGAUAUUUGAAAAAGUAUUCCGAAAGAAGUCUUCCAACAUGUGUUCUAGUGGAAUCGCGAAAAAAAGCAUCGAAAGGAUUAGGAGCUUAUACGAACAUCCCUACUCGAAGUUUGUCAACCACUCAAUGUCUUACUUUUUGUUCCUCGCUCUCCUGUUGUUGUCAACGUUUGGUUUUGAGAAUGAGUACAAAUCAACUUCAGUAGGACUCACCAGGAUUGACUAUGCAGUAAUUGUAUUCCUCAUUGGUCUCAUCUUGCAAGAACUUCUGAAAGCUCAAAAGCAAGGAAUCCAUUUUUAUUUCUCAAAAUGGUGGAAUAAAAUGAAUAUACUAACCCUGGUUACUUUCGCGGUGUCCUACAUUGUAUGGCUUGCCGCGUGGGUCCACUUUGGAGAAUGGCAACCGAGAAGAAACCCAUUUAUCGUGGCUGAUGUCCUGUAUGCAACUGGAACUGUUAUGGCAUUUCUCCACUUCACCUACAUAUUCCAAGUCAGUUCAACUCUUGGCCCCUUGCAACUUUCCUUGUACAGAAUGCUGAAGGAUAUAUACAGAUUUCUUAUUAUCUAUUUCAUGCUUUUCCUUGCAUUUGGAACUGGAUUAGUCAAGAUAUACUCAUACUAUGUUUCCUCGCUGCAUAAAAUAGAAGAUGCUAUUAACCCGAGUUCUCAUCAUGUUGCCAGACACGACUUAGCUGCUAAACUGUUAGUUUCGAUAUUUCUGGGUAAAGUGGAUGACGACAAAGUAACGGUGCAGGAUCCAGCGUUUCACCUCACCGCUGUCAUUGGCCGUAUAUUUUUGUUCGCCUAUGGAAUCUGCACCACCCUCGUAGCAAUAAAUAUGCUGAUUGCUAUGAUGAACAACUCCUAUGAGAGAAUCAUGGAAGAUGCAGACCAGGAGUGGAAAUUCUCAAGAUCCCGGUUGUGGCUGGAUUAUAUCAACGAAGGAAACUUCGUACCAGUUCCUUUCAACAUCGCCUACUAUUCCCUUUAUCUCUUUUUCAUCCCCAACUACAUUUUCCGUGUAUGCUGCAAGAAGGAACAAUGGUCUCGUUCUCGGAAACAGCCAUCAAACGAAACUGACGUGGAAUUGGAACGAAUGAAUUCGAACCUCGAGCGAUGCACAACAGACAAGACUCUCACACAUUGGUUCUCCUGCAUUUGCCCUGGAUGUUCAUGUUUUUGUAAGCCGACCCAAGCAAAAGUUGUUAGAGAGGAACGCUUACAAGCGAUUAGAUUCUCCAUCGCAAGGUAUCUUAACAAUCACUACCCAAACGAGGAAAUAGAACGCGAAAUGGGUACACUGGUAAGUUCACCGGCACCAAAAGCAGAUGAAAGUCUCCAGGAGUGAAAGCUAUGUGGACAAUUCAGCUAAAUUAGUCUGAAGCAAAGGUCCAAAACGUUACAUUCAGUGAUGUUUCACCUUGAAAUUCCAUUUCUGUCAUUAUUAUACAUGCUUAAUAAGUAGAAAUCAGUUCCGGAGGAACCUGGAAACUGCUUAUCUUUGCUUUACUAUAGAUAGGUAAAGUCUUUGCUUAACAGAACGAGAGGUGUUGAUAGGAACCUUAAUGAUAAUGAUUCUAACUUUUUGUGACCGGGCAACACAGCAGAAAACAAAUAACGCUGGUGAUCAUUAAUUUCUUGAGCCGCAUGUGUUAUUAGCUACAGUCCCAGAUCAAUUGCAUAAAUUAAAGCUAAACUCUACACAUAGAGAAUAACAUCCAACUUGUUUUUAUAUCCGUAUGAAAGAGGCAAGUAAGUGGCCAUUUUCGGCAUUGUAUUACAUAACUGAAUAAAUAUGACAGCAAUUUAUUCCACAA